AUGGCGGUAUAUGCAUCUCUGGUUCUCCUGAUAUCCCUUCUGAAUGCCUUGCAGUUGGUACAUGCCGUGGACCCUUUGGUUAACUUGGGCUAUGCCAAAUACAGAGGAGUACAAAAUCCCGGCGGAGUUACUCAUUGGCUUGGUAUGCGAUAUGCAGCACCCCCCUUAAGCCAACUCCGCUUCGCGGCACCGAAGGAUCCCCUGAAGGAGACGAAGGAUCAGAUUGCUGAUCAACACGGUCUCGCAUGUCUGGGAACCCGCGUCGUGCCACACAAGCAUACAUCGGAAGAUUGUCUCUUCAUCAACGUCUAUGCGCCGUCGAAAGCUAAACCGAAUGCUAAGCUACCUGUUUAUUUUUAUAUUCAAGGUGGUGGCUUUAACGGCCUUGCUGGAUCAAGGCUGAAUGGCACUGGGAUUAUUGAGGCUUCUGCCAUGAAUGUCAUCGUUGUGACCUUCAACUAUCGUGUUGGGCUUUACGGUUUCCUUGCAGGCAAAGAAAUCAAAGAGAAAGCUAGUCUUAACAAUGGCCUUAAAGACCAAAUUAAGGCUCUUGAAUGGGUUAAGGCGCAUAUUAAUAAGUUUGGCGGAGACCCCAACCAUGUCACAAUCGGUGGAAAUAGCGCCGGCGCUGCCUCCGUAUAUUAUCUGCUCACAGCAUUUGGGGGGAAGAGUGUCAAUACUUUCCAUGCGGCAGCAGCGGGCUCUCCCUCGUUUGGAACUCAGUUAACAAUCAAAGAAAGCCAAUAUAUGUAUAACAACCUUGUCAAAAAUACGAAAUGCAACGGCAAGGAUUCUCUCGCAUGUCUCCGCAAGAUGGACGCAGCGAACAUCCAAAGGCUCGACAAAACCUACCCCCUCCCGGGCAGCAAUGCCCCGCCAUUAUUCAUGUACAGCCCAACCAUCGAUGGCGAUUUAAUCACGGACUAUACCUACAGGCUCAUCGGAGCUGGAAAAAUAAAGAAAGUUCCUACGAUAUUCGGCUCAGACACUAACGAGGGCACCGUCUUCAUCCCCAAAAAGACAAAAAGCUUCAAAGAAUCUGACGACUUCCUGAAGAACCAAUUUCCAGCCCUGCAGCAAAAGCACCUGGACAAGAUCCACAAGCUUUUCCCGAAGACCAAUGAUGAUUUUCCCAACUCUGGACCAUACUGGCGCCAAGCCAGCAAUGCCUAUGGUAAUAUGCGGUACAAUUGUCCCGCUCUCGCUUUAAGCCUUGCCAGCAGCACAUGGGGCAACCACGAAAAAGCAUGGCACUUUCACUACGACGUCGACGACCCGCCAUCUACGAAAUCUGGCGUUGGGGUUGGCCACACGGCUGAUCUUCCUGCCAUUUGGGGUCCUGCGCACGGCUAUGGACCACAGUCAUACAUGCGUGGAGGUGUCAAUGCGCCUAUUGUGCCCCUUAUGCAAAGUUACUGGACGAGUUUCAUCCGCAGCUAUGAUCCAAAUACGCACAGAGCUAAAGGCAGCCCUAAGUGGGGGACAGUUUUGAAUAAGAAAGGUGAUAGAGUGCUGCACAACUUGUAUGUCAAGACAGGCAAGACGGAGACGAGGGUGAUCGAUAAAGGGCAGCUCACGAAAUGCGAGUACCUGAUUAAGGUCGGGGUGGAGCUUAAGAUGUGA